UGGUGCGGGCGCCUGCUCAGUGCGCGCCGGCCGGGCAAUCGUGUGCCGGCGAAACUGGGUCCCUCCGAGCCGCCGUAGGACUGGUUCCGGCGGGCUGGUGAGGAAUGGAGCCGGUGGGUGGCUGCGGCGACAGCUGCGGCUCCUCCUCGGUAGACCCACGGAGCACCUUCGUGUUGAGUAACCUGGCGGAGGUGGUGGAGCGUGUGCUCACCUUCCUGCCCGCCAAGGCAUUGCUGCGGGUGGCCUGCGUGUGCCGCUUAUGGAGAGAGUGUGUGCGCCGAGUGUUGCGGACCCAUCGGAGCUUGACCUGGAUCUCCGCAGGCCUGGCGGAUGCCGGCCACCUGGAGAGGCAUUGCUUGGUUCGCGUGGUAGCCGAGGAGCUUGAGAAUGUUCGCAUUUUACCACAUACAGUUCUUUACAUGGCUGAUUCAGAAACUUUCAUUAGUCUGGAAGAGUGUCGUGGCCAUAAGAGAGCAAGGAAAAGAACUAGUAUGGAAACAGCACUUGCCCUUGAGAAGCUAUUCCCCAAACGAUGCCAGGUCCUUGGGAUUGUGACCCCAGGAAUUGUAGUGACUCCAAUGGGAUCAGGUAGCAAUCGACCUCAGGAAAUAGAAAUUGGAGAAUCUGGUUUUGCUUUAUUAUUCCCUCAAAUUGAAGGAAUAAAAAUACAACCCUUUCAUUUUAUUAAGGAUCCAAAGAAUUUAGCAUUAGAAAGACAUCAACUCACUGAAGUAGGUCUUUUAGAUAACCCUGAACUUCGUGUGGUCCUUGUCUUUGGUUAUAAUUGCUGUAAGGUGGGAGCCAAUAAUUUUCUGCAGCAAGUAGUCAGCACUUUCAGUGAUAUGAAUAUCAUCUUGGCUGGAGGCCAGGUGGACAACCUGUCAUCACUGACUUCUGAAAAGAAACCUCUGGAUAUUGAUGCCACUGGUGUGGUUGGACUGUCAUUUAGUGGACACCGAAUCCAGAGUGCUACUGUGCUCCUCAGCGAGGACGUCAAUGAUGAGAAGACUGCUGAGGCUGCGAUGCAGCGCCUCAAAGCGGCCAACAUUCCAGAGCAGAACACCAUUGGCUUCAUGUUUGCAUGUGUUGGCAGGGGCUUUCAGUAUUACAGAGCCAAGGGGAAUGUUGAGGCUGAUGCAUUUAGAAAGUAUUUUCCUAGUGUGCCCUUAUUCGGCUUCUUUGGAAAUGGAGAAAUUGGAUGUGAUCGGAUAGUCACUGGGAACUUUAUAUUGAGGAAAUGUAAUGAGGUAAAAGAUGAUGAUCUGUUUCAUAGCUAUACAACCAUAAUGGCGCUCAUACAUCUGGGGUCAUCUAAAUAAAGCCAUCUUUAAAGUGGCUUUCAUAAAAUACAACUUUUGGGUUCUGCCUUUUUGAGAAAAUGGAAACUCGGUCUAUGUGUAUUUCAAACAAAAAUAAGAUACACCUGUUUUGUAGCUUUGAUCGAUGCUCUAAGAUCACACGAAGGUAGUUUUUAAUAUAUUAGAGGAAGGACAACUUUGGACAUAACACAGACUAGGAGUUGAGAGCUUUUGCAUCAGGCACAAGCAGAGUGAUUAUAGUUUUGCUUGUGUUGCACCAGAUCAUGUAGCUGCUGAGUAAUGUGACCUUAAAUAGUCUUCCUCCAUCGGAAGAGCGAAAGGGGAUUCAUCAGUAUGAUAGAGAUUUAAGACAUUCCCUGAGUAACCCUUGCAAUGUUAGGUGAUGUCUUUUAGCAGAAUGAUGAAUACCUUUUUUUCUCCUAUAGUAAAGGAGAAAAAUAUAUUGAUGGCUUAAGAAAUUUUUCUUUGCUUUUCAAUUUUAUGAAUUUUUUCAGAAGUUGUGAUAAUAUUACUUUUUACUUACUUGACAAAAAUUAAAGAACUAUUUUUGUUUUGGUCAGAUAAAUUGACAAGACCAAUCAGUAUUUUAUUAUAAGUAAAAUGUUUUACUUUUUUCCUUAAAAACCUUUUUUUUUUUCAUCUAGGUCUAUAUAGCUAACUGGUAGACCAGAGAAUUACAUCAUCUUAUUUUGGUUUUAUACCAAUAAAACAUACCUUGGAACUCAUUCAGAAAAUGUUUUGCAUUUCAUUGCUUUUGGUGGAUAAACAAAGGAAGUAAACUAAUCCUUUAUAAAUGAAAACCCGGAAUAGCUGAUAUUUGUCAGCUAGUCACUCCUGUCAUAUUCCCAGUAGAAUGAUUUUCAAGUUUGAAUUUCUAUACAAAUAUCUAAGAUAUGCAGUGAGCACCAACUUUCCCUCAAUAUCCAUUCUUUCCUUUUCACAUAAUGAUAGAACCUUUGAUUUUUCAGUUGGGUUUGCCUCCUAGAAUAAAGACUACAUUUCCCAGUCUCCGGUGCAGGUAUGACUGCUCUGGGCAAUGGAAUGUGAGGGGAAAUGAUGUGUGUCCUUCAAAAUGGCAUGAUCUUUUUUUUGCCCCUUUCUCUAUCCUGUUGCUUGGAAUGUGGAUCUGGUGGUGAGCCAUCCUGGAUCCUGCAGAGGAGGCAGCACACUAUUUGGAAGAAAACCACAGAAGGAUCUUGGUCCCUGCACAACCUCGUUGAAGAAACACCAUAAUUGGCCUGGACUCUCCACCUCCAGACUGUUUUACAAGAGAGAAAUUAGCGUAUUCCACCUAAUACACUAUGAUGUAACUAAUGUUACUUUUUAACCGUCAGUGGUUUGUUCUAACAGGACAGUAGAAUACUUGCAAGGUAAGUAAAGUCAAAUGUAUUAACAUUCCUGCUUUUCCUUUUUUAUCACUUUUAUCCCCUUUUUUUAAAACUCAAAAGAUUUUUCUCUUGCUAUUUAUAUAUAUGUGAUAAAAAUACUUAGAAGAUUCCUUUAAUUCAUGGUUAUUCUAAAUACUAGUUCCUGAGGAAAGUCCAAAGAAAAAUUGAUCAAAACUUUUCAUCUGUGAAUAUAUUUAGCUCUUGUUAUUCAACUAUUAUCAAAAUACCUUAAAAUUCUAUUCCUUGAAUGUGCUCAUAUAGCUCAUAAGGUAAAUAUUUUUCAAACUUUUUUGGUCCCUGAUAUUAACCAGAGUUGGUUGAACAGUAGAGAAAAGGGAUUUUUAAAACUGAAAAUUAUGAACAAAAUGAGCCUUAGAAUAGAAUGGAUUAUUUUAAACAAAUUAAUACUCAUAUAAAAUAUUUUGUUACAUCUCAAAGGAGAGUCUAAUACAGGAUAAUUUCAUACAGUAUUUAAUGUUGUUACAGGGUUCCUUUUCAUAGCUGAGCCUCUGGAGCAUGUUAUGAACAGUAAAAUCAUUUAGUCAUCUGGUUGCAACCUUAGUGCAAAGUAGAAAGGGAAAAGUUGACCUAAUAGAAAUAAUAGUAGUACUGAUAAGAACGGAAGUCAUUCUCCCUGCCUCUCAGAGGCCUUGAAGUUCUUCAAGGAAGGGAAAUAGUAAUUUAACCAAAGUUAAAUCUGCAUAACUUAUUUAUUACAAUUUUGAAAGGCUUGUCUUAAACAGAAGCAUUAAAGGAAUAUUAGCUAAAAACAAACUAAAUUCCUAGAGAAACAAUCAUUGUAUUCCUCCGUGAAACUGAAAAUAAUGAUGACAUGAAAAAAAUGUGAGCAUAAAAAAGAGAAGCACAGGUGUAUCCUUAGCCUACUCACUAAGCUGACAGUCACAUCAUAGAAUGCUUUAUUUAAUCAAGACAUUUAAAAAUACUUAUUUCAUCUACAUACUCUCAAAGCAAAAUAAUUUCUGGGGCUACAGUUUCCUUUUUAUAAGGCUUAAGCAGGGAAUACAUUUCCAUUCCCUUUAAUCCCAGUAAAGUCUAAGGAAGAGGGCAAGUAAACCUUGAAAUUAAGACCUAGAGAUAGAUACACCUCUGCAGAUUGAUAAAAGCGGGCAUUCCAGUAGGCCACUUUACAUUAUAGUUAUCUCAGUUUUGCUUAAAGCAAACCCUGACCUUCAACCUAGGAGGUCAGAUAGCAUAAGAUGUGCAGCUGGUUUAUAUUGCAGAUUUAACAAAAUUAACAUGCAAAGAAUUAAACUUUUACAAAUCUGAGAACUUUCUAUGCAAUCUGCAGAAAUUUUUAAGAAUAUAAAUGUGCUUUUGUCAUUUUAUACCCAGUCUGGCCCAGGUUUGCACUGCCAUAAAUUGAGUCUUGAUGGGAAUAGAAGACUCCAGAUCCUUUAGUUGGGAAGAAAUAAUAAGAUUUUAGAUGACUGACUUGAUUUGCAUUUGUAGAAACUGGGUAUGAAUUGGCUUAAUGAAAAUCCUAAAAUAAUAAAAUAAGCGUUAGUGAUAAUACCCUUGUUAAAUGAACAAAAUGAACACUUACACUAUAUAAAGAGUGUGGUACCAGAAAGUUACUUUAAUGUUGACCCUAUAUAGGGAAGAAUAAUCAAAUAUUUGCAAGACAUGUUAUUUUUGAUUUAUGUAUUUAACUUCUACCCUGUGCCACAACUGAAGACAGGUUACAAGAACAUAGGCUGCUACAAAGUAGGAAACUGGCAGAAGCCAAUAAAUAUCAUGUAAUAUUUUGGAAACUUUCAUUUCUUAAAACAGACUUAUAAAAGUUUCACUCUGUAGUGACUGUUGUCACAGCCACCAAAAAUAGGCAAGAUAGAUUAAUUUAGAAGAAAUUGAAAGAAAAUAUAUUCAUUAAUGUUGCCUUUAAAUGAAAUGAUCAGAUUGAGGAGAAUUUUGAGACCACUGACAUUUUUCUAAUUUUGACUAACCAAAAUUUAAUCACCAUACUUAAUAAACAUACUCUAUUCAAGGUCUUGUUAUAAUACUAGAAUUAUAGGGAGAUUAUAGGGAGGAAUAAAACAUAAUUGACCUGAGUGACAUCAGCAAAGUGGGUGGACUUAUAAGCUGCAAGCUUUUGUUUCUCCAUCAAAACAUUAAAAACUGAGUAGCAGCUGUCUGAACAAACUUUGUUGGAGCUUUGGAAAAUGCAGAGGUUUACAGCAACCAAAAGAAUGCCCAGUCAUCUUCAGAAUGGUAGGAAAAUUUUGUGACAUUUUUACUAGCUCUUGCCCCAACUCCUCCCUGCACUGUGUCAGUCCUGAAGCAGCAGAAGUCCAGUUUCCUCCCUUGGAAAACAGAGUAGACUUUUUUUUUUUUGCAAAUUACUGUGUACAUUUUUUUUCUAACCCAUGUGGGGAUACCUGAAGGACUGACCCAAGGUCACAUUUUUGUUUUGCCUAACUGGAAGGGUGGGCACUGCUUAUAAAAACUGCAAAGAACCACAGGCGUCUGGGGCAAAAGGUGAUGAGUAGAAACAUAAAAUAGAAAACAACUAAGGCCCAGUGGAGAAUCUGGGGUAAGACUUUUGGGAACAGUUACAUAUACAGGAGGGAUUUAAAAUGUGACAUGGAUGCCCAGGGAAAACACUUGCCCAGAAAGUUCUAAGACCUAAGCUUUCACCUUGCUCUAGUCCUUACGCUCAAAAGCAGGCCAAAGUAAGUAUUGAAGGAUUACCUGGCAUGAAGCCAAUUUGUAUAAUCUAGGAUAGCCCCUGGCAUUCAAGGGAAUUUAUGUCAAAAUAGCUGAACAUGACAUAAAAGAGAGACUUCAGUGAUCACACACAAAAGGAAUCAUCUUUUGUAAAAAUAAGUUUGGAAAACUCUGAAAACAAAUGGAUAACAGCUUUUAACAAUAAACAAUAAAUGAUCCAGAAAACCAGGAGAAAAAGAAAGAAUCUCAUACCUAGAGUUACCAUAUUAUAAUAGUGAAUACCCAAUUUCCAAGAAAAGAAUUGCAGGCCAUUCAAAGGAAGAGGAAAAUAACGCCCAUUCAAAAGAUCAAAAUUAACUGACAGAUAUUGUCCUAAUGAAGGACAUGAAACUAGACAAAUACUUUAAAACAACUCAAAUAGGUCCAAAGAACUACAUGAAAGCAUGAACAAAGAAAGGAAAUCAGGAAAAUGAUAAAUGAACAAAAUCAGAAUAUCAACAGAGCUAGGCAUUAUAAAAAGAAAUUCUGGAGGAGAAAAGUAUAAUAAAUGAAAUAUUCACUAGAGGGGUUCAGCAGCUGGUAUGAGCAGGUAGAAGAAAGAAUCGGCAAACCUGAGAUGGGAUCAUUGAACAACAAAUCAAGCCUCCAUUGUGGAAAUUAACACAACCAAUGAGUAAAGAAGGAAUCACAAGGGAAGCUAAAAAGAAAAAUACAACAUACCAAAAUUUAUAGGAUGUAGUAAAAGCACUGCUAAAGGAGAGAUUUAUCGACAUAAAUGCUUUACAUUAAAAAAAAAAAAUAAGGCUGAGCACAGUGGCUCAUGCCUGUAAUCCCACCUGUGGGAGGCCAAGGUGGGUGGAGGUCAGGAGAUCGAGACCAUCCUGGCCAAUAUGGUGAAACCCCAUCUCAGAAAAGGAAAAAAAAUCACAUGUUUGCUGGGCACGAUUGGCUCAUGCCUGUAAUCCCAGCACUUUGGGAGGCCAAGGUGGGGGGAUCAUGAGGUCAGGAGAGAGGGACCAUUCUGGCUAACACUGAAACCCCGUCUCUACUAAAAAUUCAAAAAAUUAGCUGGGCGUGGUGGCAUGUGCCUGUAGUCCCAGCUACUUGGGAGACUGAGGCAGGAGAAUAACUUGAACCCAUGAAGGGGAGGUUGCAGUGAGUGGAGACUGCGCCACUGCACUCCAGCCUGGGGGACAGAGCAAGGCUACAACAGCAACAUCUCAUGUCGUCUAACUUUGCAACACUAAGUCCAAAGCUAGCAGAUGGAAGGAAAUAAUAAAGAUUAGAACAGAUAUAAUAAAUUGAAUAAAGAAUAGAAACAAAAAUAAAUGAAACUACAAGUUCUUUAAAAGACUAUAAAGUUGAAAAAUCUGUACCUAGAUGGACUAAGAAAAUAAAGACUGAAUUGCUAAAAUAUGAAAAUGGGGACAGCACUCUAGAUUCUAAAAAAACAAAAAAGUGUUAUAAGAAUACAUUGGACAACCUAGAUGAAAUCGUCAAAAUCCUAGAAAUGCAAAACCUACCACUGCUGAACUAUGAAAAAAAUUUAAAAAUCUGAAUAGAACUAUAAUUAGCAAGGUGAUUGAAUUAGUAAUCAAAAUUAUCCUGGAAAAGAAAGCACUGGAUCUGAUGAUUUUCAUUUGUGAAUUCUACCAAACAAGAAAAAAUAACCCCAAUCCCUUUCAAACUUUUCCCAAAAAUUGAAGAGGAAAGAUGCUUCCUAAUUGAUUCUGAGGCUAGUAUUACCCUGAUGCUGAAGCCAGACAAAGAUACCACAAGAAAAGAUUACAGACUAAUAUUCCUUAUAAGCACUGAUUCAACAAUUGUCAAUACUAGGAAACAGAAUUCAGCAGCAUAUUGCAAGGAUUAUACACCAUGACCAAAUGAAAUCAAUUCCUGGAAUGCAAGGAUGGUUCAACAUACAAAAAUCAGUAUAAUAUACCACAUUAACAGAAUGAAGGGAAAACAACCAGAUGAUAAUCACAAUUGAUGCAGACAAAGCAUUUGACAAAAUCUAGCAGCCUCUUGUGAUUAAAAACACUCAACAAAUGAGGGAUAAAAGGAAACUACCUCAACAUAACAAAAGCCAGAUAUGAAAAGCCCACAGUAGACGUCAUACUCAGUGGUGAAAGACUGAAAGCCUCUCCUCUAAGAUAAAGCAAGAAUGCUCAUUUUCACCAUUCCUAUUCAGCACAGUACUGAAAGUUGUAGCCUGAGCUAGAAAAAUAAAAGACAUCCAAGUUUGAAAGUAAGAAGUAAAAUCCUAUCUGUUGACAGAUGGUAUGAUCUGUAGACAACCCUAAAGACUUCACACCAAAAAAAAAAAACAGCAGGCCAGACGUGGUGACUCAUACCUGUAAUCCCAGGACUUUGGGAGGCUGAGGUGGGCAAAUCAUGAAGUCAGGAGAUCGAGUCCAUCCUGGCUAACACUGUGAAACCCUGUCUCUACUAAAAAAAAAAAUUAGCCAGGCAUUGUGACGUGUCUGUAGUCCCAGCUACUCGAGAGGCUGAGGCAGGAGAAUCACUUGAACCAGGAGGCGGAGGUUGCAGUGAGCUGAGAUCGUGCCACUGCACUCCAACUUGGGUGACAGAGUGAGACUCUGUCUCAAGAACAAAAAACUGUUAAGAGUUAAUUAAUUCAGCAAGGUAGCAGGAUACAAAGUCAACACACAAAAAUCAGUUGCAUUCCUGUACACUAACAAUGAACAAUCUGAGAAGGAAGUUACAGGAACAGUUCCAUUUACCAUAGGAUCAAAAAGAAUUAAAACACACUGAAAGUAGCUUACCCAAGGUGGUGAGUGGCUUGUCCAAUGAAAACUGUAGAACACUGCUUAAAUAAAGACAUAAAUAAAUGGAAACACAUCUCAUGUUCAUGGAUUGGAAAAUCUAAUAUUAUUAAUAUGUCACUACCCAAAGUGAUUUACAGAUUCACCGCAGUCUCUAUCAGAAUUCUAGGAUUUUUUCUUUUUGCAGAAAUAGAAAAACUCACCCUGAAGUUCAUAUAGAAUUUGAAGGAAUCCCAAAUAGCCAAAUCAGUUUUGAGAAAGAAAAAAUGGGAAGAUUUAUGCCUUCAGAUUUUAAAACUUACAGUAAUCAAAACAAUGUGAUUCUGGCAUAAAGACAGACCAAUGGGAUAGACUGGAGACCCUAGAAAUAAACCCUCUCAUAUGUAGCUAAAUGAUUUUUGACAAGGGUGCCAAGACUAUUCAAAGGAUAGUUUUUUUCAGCAAAUGGUGAUGGGAAAGCUGGAAAACUACAUGGCUAAAGAAUGAAGUUGCAACCUUAACAUGUGCAAAAAUUAACUCAAAAUGGAUCAAAUGUGAGAACUAAACCCAUAAAACUCUUAGGAUGUAGCAAUGAUUUUUUGGAUAUGACACCAAAUUCAGACAACAAAAGAAAAAAUAGGCAAAUUGGACUUAAUUAAAAUUUUUAAAUUUUGUGCAUCAAAAGACACUAUCGACAGAGUAAAAAGAUUACCUAUGGAGUGGGAAAAAAUACAUGUAAUUCACAUACCUAAUAAGAACUUCACAUCCAGCACACCCAAAAUGCAACAACAAUGUAAAAACUUGAUUUUUAAAAUGGCAAAGGAUUUGGAUAGGUCUCCAGAGAAGACAUGCAGAUAGCCAAUGAGCACCUGAAAAAAUGCUUAGUAUCACUAAACAGGAAAUGCAAAUCAGAACCACAAUGAGAUAUUACUUCAUACCUAUUGGGAUAGCUGUUAUUUAAAAAAAAAGUGUUGGCAAGAAUGUGGAGAAAUUGGAACUCUUAUUACUGAUGGAAAUAUAGAGUGGUGCAGCUGCUGUGGAAAACAGUAUGGUGAUUUUCCAAUUAAAUAAAGAAUUGUCAUUUGAUUCAGCAACUGCAUUUCUGGGUAUAUACACAAAGUAAUUGAGAGCAAGGGCUUGAGGAUAUGUUUGUAUACCAAUGUUCAUUGCAGCAUUAUUCACAGUAGUCAAAAGGUAGAAAAAACCCAAAUGUCUAACAGAUGAAUGGAUAGACAAAAUGUGUUAUAUCCACAUAAUGGAGUAUUAUUCAGCCAUACAAAGGAAAUUCUGCUACAUACUGCGUCAUGGAUGAACAAGACACUAAGUGAAGUAAAUCACAAAAGGACAAUACUUUAUGAAUCCACUUACGUGAAGUGCCUAGAGUAGUGAGAUUCAUAGAGACAAAGUAGAACAAAGGUUACUUUUUUGUUACUGGGAACAGGAGGGAAUGGGAAUUUAUUGUUUAAGGGACACAGAUUAGUGUGGGAUCAUGAAAAUUUUCCAGAGGUGCUUAGUGGUGAUUGGUACAUACAAUGAAUGUACUUAAUGCCUCUAAACUGUACACUUCAAAAUGGUUAAAAUUUAAAUCUUAUGUCGAUUUCGCCAAAGUAAAUGUUUAAGCCACCCCC